AUGACUCCUAUACAUCAUCAGCAGGUUUCAUUUACAGCAAUCAUCAACAUGUUCGGAACUAGUAAAGAAUUCAAUAUCAGAUCACAGGAUCAAGUUCCCCGGCCGGGUUGCUCAACUAGUAAAGAAUACAACAUUGCAGCAGACCGUCUCACCAUCUGCAACGUCCCUCCUAAUCAAUCUGGCAUCCCUGAAGGUUUGAAGAAGAAGAACAAGAAGGAAUUAAUACUCUCACAAGCAGAUUAG